AUGGAAUUUUGGGCUCCCCAAUGGCCACCUCAGCCACGGGGGAGGCCCACAGGACCCUCAAAGGAUCCAGACAGAGGGCUUCAGAGAGAUGCAAGCCAUCGGCCCGUUCCUCACUCUCGGUACCAUGGAGAGAGGUACCAUCAAUGGCAAGACACAAGCCAGAGCCCCCAGCCCCAGCAGGACCCCAGGACAGACCACCAGCAGCCCCAUUAUGCAUCCAGGCCUGGGGAAAGGCAUCAGCCUGUGUCAGGGGUUGACUAUUAUGAAGGUGGUUACCCCGGUCAGUUGUAUUCAAGGCCAGGCAUUGAGGAUCCGUAUCGGAGCUAUCAUUCUCCAACCCUGAGGGAAGAAUAUGCUUACGGAGAUUAUUACUACCACGGAUACCCGCAGCAGCUACGGGAAGAAAGAGUGCCGCGGCGAGAGAGUCCUUAUAUCUGGCAGGAAGAUCGCCGAGAUCAAAAGUACCUCAGUGAGCAUCAUCACAAAAACCAGAAUAGUCUAUCCAAGAGUCGGAACCCUUAUAAAGACAGUCCUGCUUCUAACACUGGACAGGAGAGACCUGGGGACCUAUUUCCGCAGAGUCUGCUAACAGAAACCCAGAAGAACAAGUCACCCCUGGCCAACGAGUCCAACCUUCUCCAGCAGCAUGAGGCUGGUCUCAGCUCCAGCGCCUACGAGCUCAGUCAGUACAUGCGAGAUGACCCUGAACCAUACGACCCCAUGGUGUCAGCAGCUUGGACUCCAAUUCAGGCCGAGGAUGUCUCGGCAGCUGGUCCCAAGGCACCCAUGAAGUUCUACAUCUCUCAUGUGCCUGUGAGUUUUGGGCCAGGAGGUCAGCUGGUGCGCGUGGGUCCCAGCUCUCCCAGUGACGGACAAACGGCCCUUGUUGAACUGCACAGCAUGGAGAUUAUUCUUAGUUACUCUGAGGAACAAGAAGAGAUGAGGACUUUCUCAGGACCCCUGACCAGGGAAGAUGUACACAAGGUGGACAUCAUGACAUUUUGCCAGCAGAAAGCAGCUCAGAACCGGAAAUCUGAGACACAGAGGAGCAGAGACUCAGCUCUAUUGUGGCAACUAUUGGUUCUCCUUUGUCGGCAGAAUGGGUCCAUGGCGGGAUCCGACAUCGCGGAGCUGCUGAUGCAAGACUGCAAGAAGCUGGAGAAGUACAAGAGGCAGCCGCCGGUGGCCAACCUCAUCAACCUGACAGAUGAGGACUGGCCGGUGCUGAGCUCAGGGACCCCGAACCUGCUCACCGGGGAGAUUCCCCCCAGCGUGGAGACGCCUGCACAGAUCGUAGAGAAAUUCACUAAACUGCUCUACUACGGCAGGAAGAAGGAAGCCUUGGAGUGGGCCAUGAGGAACCACUUGUGGGGCCAUGCUUUGUUCCUCUCCAGCAAGAUGGACCCAAGGACCUACAGCUGGGUUAUGAGUGGCUUCACCAGCACGCUGGCGCCCAACGACCCGCUGCAGACCCUCUUCCAGCUCAUGUCAGGGAGGAUCCCACAGGCAGCCACGUGUUGUGGGGACAAGCAGUGGGGAGACUGGAGGCCUCACUUGGCUGUGAUUCUGUCGAAUCAGGGUGGGGACCUGGAGCUGAAUCAGCGCACAAUUGUCACCAUGGGGGACACCCUGGCUGCGAAGGGGCUGGUGGAGGCCGCUCACUUCUGCUACCUCGUGGCUCACGUGCCCUUCGGCCACUACACCGUGAAGACAGACCAUCUGGCCCUGCUUGGCAGCAGCCACAGUCAAGAGUUUUUGAAAUUUGCAACAACCGAGGCUAUCCAGAGGACGGAAAUCUUCGAGUACUGUCAGAUGCUGGGCCGCCCCAAAUCCUUCAUCCCUUCUUUCCAGGUGUACAAGCUCCUUUAUGCUUCCCGGCUGGCAGAUUUUGGCCUCACGUCCCAGGCCUUGCAUUACUGCGAAGCCAUUGGCACGGCCCUCCUUAGCCAAGGAGAGAGCAAUCACCCUGUGCUAUUAGUGGAACUCAUCAAGCUUGCGGAGAAACUGAAGCUGUCAGAUCCCUUGGUUGUAGAGGGACGCGGAGACAGGGACGCGGAGCCAGACUGGCUGGUGCACCUUCGGAGGAGAUGCGAGGAGCUGGCGCAGAAGGCAGCAGGAGACACUGGGGACCUUCGCUCUGCUCACCCAGACGCCUCAGGAGCCGGAGGAACAGAAAACUCUUUCUACCAUGAUCUUUUGGGACACCAGAGCCACUCAAAAGCCCUUGGGGACCGCUCAGCCUUGUGGCCAACACCUGAGCAGAUGGGCCCAGGCCAGCCCAGCUCACAGCAGCCCAUUCCCCACCAGCCCGGUUCCUGUCCAGCAGGAGGGGGUGUGGGGCAGAUGGGGGUCUCCGUGCCUCUUUACUCGGUUCCUGAGGUCUACCUGCCAGGGACUGGUGGCUGUACGGCCGUGACAGGGACUCCUGGAGGAGGAGCCGGGGAAGACACCCAGCAGAUACAUCCACCUCCUGCAGAGAAUACAGUAUCUCAAGGAGGUUUCCAGCAUCCCGAUGGUCAAAAGGCUGUUUCCAAACCCCAGGUGCCGCUGAUUCCCAGGUCACGGAACAUUUCUGAGAGUUCCACUGUUUCAGUCAAGGAGGUCGAGGAGGAGUCCUCCGAUGAGGCAGAUAAAAAAUCCUCCCCAAAUCCAGCACAGAGAGAAAAUCCCGGAGAUGUGAAAGAGAACACAAAGACCUCAGGGUUUGGCUGGUUCAGCUGGUUUCGCUCGAAGCCCAGAAACAACGCGUCCCCUUCUGGAGAGGAUUCAUUUGACAGUCCCGACUCUGAGCAGGAGACCUCCGGAGCAUCUUCUGCCCCCCAGGCUGGCCCCAGCCUCUCACCGACAUCUCUCCCAGAGCCCCAGUCUCUGCCAGGCACCAGCACCUUCACUGGGGCCACAGGCGAGAGCGAAGUGCGAGGACCAGCAUCCAGUGGGGGAGCGGCUGAGGGCACCAGCAGUGGAGGCUUGUCUGGGCCUGAGGGUGUUUCCUCUGAGUUUUGCUACAAUCCUGCUGUUCUGCUCCCCCCACCCUCCUUGAAAGGAGGUGUUCCUCUCUACAACCCAUCUCAGGUCCCCCAGCUCUCCAUGGCUACUAGCUUGAACCGACCUAAUCGUCUAGCUCAGCGCCGCUAUCCAACCCAGCCCUGAAGAGAACCACCACCCAUCCCAAGCUGGUCUCCUUCUUUGAUCUCCAGCCCCUCUGCCAUACUGGGGCCCCCAAGAGGGUUGUACUAGCCUAUUACCUCCCCCGGCCUGAGGAAGGGUCUUCUAGGACACAGCCCAGUCCAGUGUCUUAACACUGGCUUCAGAAUGAUGGAUAGUAGCUGGGUAGCAUAGCAGACUGGAGGUGAGCAGAAUCCCAUGGGGGAGCAUUCAAGAUGGCGGCUUCAGAUCCUCAGGAAAGUCAAGCCUAAGAACCCCGUGGCUGGAAUCAGUGAGAACCCACUGGGCUCUGAGGCAGGAAAUGAUCUGGGGGAGGCUCUCAGAGCAAUAUAUUCACAACUAACUUUGACUGGUUCCUCAGUCUUAGUUAUGGACCAACUCGUGCCUCUAGUUAGCAAAGCUUUCAUACUGAAACUUGAUUAUUGCUUCCUGUCAUAAUUCUCUCCACAGUGACAUUUCAGCAGUUUCCCUCUUGGUCCUAGUUUUGUGCACAUUUUUAUGUGCUUCAGAUUAAUUAUAUUUCUCUCACUUUCUUAGCUGGUCCUAUUUUUUCACAUUCUGGCAUCUGGCUAUCAAGUUAGAUUGCUGUAGGCAUCAUGUUGUCAUGGUAACCGCUGAACCUAAUGAUGCAGAUGGAUGGAACAUCAGUAUAAUAAAUGAUGGGGAAUGUUUCCUAAAAAUGCACCCCUUCCGUAAGAGAGGAGGAUGUGUGCCUGAUAGUGUUGACCCCACCCUUCCUACCUCAGGCCUUUGCAGAUUGAUGGUCGGAGGGUCGCUGGAGCCGGAGGGAGGCGGGGGACAUCUUGGAAGCUUCCAGUUCUCUUUUCAAACCCAAAAUAGGAGUGACUCUUGCUGUUUGUCAGAUUUGCUGAAAAUUGCUUCUCACAAAGAACAUUUUUUGUAUGUGUAAUUGUACAUACAGGUUUUGUACUCUAAUGCAGUGCAGUUCUGAUGUUGAUAGCGAUUAA